GCAACAUGUAUAAACAUGCUCAUUAUUGGCUGGAUAACCUUUUGGUCAUUUCCCUUCGCAACACGAAAAAUAUCCCCUUCCACCAAGUAAUCUAUCAUGGCUGCCUCUCAAGUCGUUAAGUCACAAGGCUUGUUCCAUGGCUUGCCCACUUAUCCCCAGAAUGAAUCGUUUUCGAAUUUGACUGCCGUGGUCACCGGCGCUAAUGGCAUAUCGGGAUAUCAUAUGGUACGUGUCCUUGCUGCUGCACCAGAGCGAUGGAGCAAAAUUUAUUGCCUAUCCCGCCGAACACCUCCCAGCAACUUUUUCGAUGAUUUGGGCGAGGGAGCCAAGCGAGUUGAGCAUAUUUCCGUUGAUCUUCUUGGAGAGCAGUCAUCUAUUGCAAACCGACUGAAAGUGAUCCAAAAAGUUGACUACGUCUUCUUUUUCGCAUAUAUGCAGCCUCAACAGGAAGGCCAGGUUUUGGGCAUGUGGUCAGAUGCAGAUGAACUAGCUAGAAUCAAUGCAACCCUAAUACAAAACUUCAUUGGUGCUCUUCGACUAUCAAGCCUGCAACCAAAGCGUUUCUUGCUGCAGACUGGAGCUAAGCACUAUGGAUUCCACAUUGGGCCUGCUACAAGCCCAUCGUUUGAAUCUGAUCCAAGGAUUUCAUUAGAAUCCAACUUCUAUUAUCCUCAGGAAGACGCGCUUUUCGACUAUUGCCAGAAUACCGGUGUCGGCUGGAAUGUUGUUCGCCCUUCAUAUAUUAUAGGUGCAGUACGUGAUAGCGCACUAAAUCACAUGGUUGGCCUAGCUAUAUAUGGAGCAGUUCAAGCACAUUUGCAUCGGCCUCUCGCCUUUCCAGGUGACUAUACGGCCUGGGAUCGUGAGUACUGUCAAAGCACUGCCUUGCUAAAUGCCUAUUUUGAAGAAUGGGCAGCCUUGACAGACAGGGCAGCCAACGAGGCUUUCAACAUUCAGGACGGCCUCCCUUUUACAUGGGGGCGCUUCUGGGCUUACCUGGCCAGCUGGUAUGGAACGGGGUGGAAGGCUCCGGAGGAGGACAAGUCCAAGUACCGCGUCAACGUGUCAAGACAUGUGCAGACACCUCGAGGAUACGGUCCUCUUGGAGCGACAUGUUCCACCUUUAGCUUACAGGAAUGGUCUGGACAGUCCGAGGUUCAAGCUGCGUGGGCUGAGCUUGCCCAGAAACAUGAACUUGUUCUUGAUCCAUUCACUGACAAAAACCGGGCUCAGAUUUUCUCCAUGACAGAUUCAGCGGUCAUCGGUGGCUGGCCUUUGUCUCUUAGCAUGCGAAAAGCAAGGAAACUUGGCUUCCUGGGAAGUGUAGACUCGUAUGAAUCUUCAUUUAACGCUAUCCGUGAUCUAGCUCGAUUGAAGGUUGUUCCGCCCCCUGUUAUGGUGAAAUUCACAGAAGAUGCAUAGUUGACGGUGGUACUGUGGAUGUAAAAAUAAUCAAGAUGUCGGCCAUUGGUCACCAAAGAACUUUGCUAUCCAUAUCAAUGGGGUGCAGCUGCAGAAUAUACCAGUAGAAAAUCAAAUGAC